CUGUGUGUGAGAUGAGAUGAGAUUCGUGUAAGAGAGUGAAUGCAGACAAAGACGGUUGUCAAAAUGAAAUUUGCAAAUGUUAAGUGCCUGAUUCUGUCCGUUUUCAUUGCUCACGUCUCCGGAUCUCAUUGUGUUCCGAAUCCUGACCACGCUCGUCCCAAUGUUAACCCUAUCGACACCCAGGCUCCUGUGUUUGUGGACUCCACCACCAACGGGAAGCUCUAUCGCGUGGGUAACGGAGAAGAUGGAUUUGAUAUCGUACAUGUUUGGGGAAGUCCAUACGAAAUGGGUUUUGCACACGGUAAACUUCAGAAAAACGCAACUUUAAAGAUGGCGGAUGCGGUAUGGGAGUAUAUGGAAGACCAAAUUAUUGAGGCUGUCAACGGGACCGUAACGUUCAUUCCAAACUGGUUUUUGAAAGACGUCAGCAACUAUGGCCUGGACUUCGCUCUGGACCUGGAAAUUCUCGCCACAGAACGCUUCACGGGAAAAUAUUUCGCAGAGGAACUGAAAGGUCUAGCGGACGCUUCAGGGGCGGAUUAUAAGAAAUUGAUGCGCAUUCACAUGCUGGGAGAACUCACGAAGGGCUCGUGCUCGAUGCUGGGUGCGUGGGGGAAGAGUGUCCCCACCCCCAGGUCUCUCCUACAGCUGAGGGCCCUCGACUGGAGUUAUGACGGGCCAUUCAAGGAUCACCCUCAGGUCACUGUCUAUCACCCGACCGACUCUAAGGAUGGCAACGCCUUUGCAAACUUUGGGUGGGCAGCCUGGAUUGGGUCAAUUACUGGUAUGAGCUCAUCACAAAUGGCUAUUUCUGAGAUUGGGGUUUCUUAUGCUGAUGAGACGUUUGGAAAAGAAUCCAGAUUCGGGACUCCCUUCACGUAUUUGCUGCGGGACAUUCUGCAAUUUGACAACUCCCUGAACGACUCCGUCAACAGGAUAUCAAAAGCUCACAGGACCUGUGACCUCCUGUUGGGCGUAGGAGAUGGAAAGACGGCUGAAUUCAGAGGCAUCCAGUAUUCUGCCUCUGUAGCUAACUUCUACGAUGAUACAAAUCUGCAGCCUCUACAAGACUGGCAUCCACGGAUAGAGGAUACAGUUUACUGGGGAAUGGAUUGGAUUUGCCCCGGUUACAAUCAGGUAUUGUCGGAGCAAAUUAAGAAAUAUUACGGAUCUAUUACACCUGAAAAUGUUAUCCAGAAUAUAGUCUCAAUAGUACAGACCGGAAACCUUCAGGUGGCUGUCUAUGAUCUCACUAAUGGCGUGGCUUACCUGUCCAAUGCUGCAGCAACGUACGAAUCAGGACCAAAGUACGCGUAUGAACGACAAUUCGUUCGUCUGGACAUGAAGGCUCUCUUCAAUGAACCGCGACCUUGAUCUCGCUUGACCUUGCUCUAUUUGCCUUAGGUGAUCUUCAUCACAAGUCAAAUGACCCUGGCCUUCCUCUGAUGACGAGCCACUUAACGGAAUAUUUAAUUUAGCUAAAAUGACCAAAAUGUUUUUCAG